AUGACGACCAGGCUAACCUCUUUCGUUAUCUGCCUCUCCUUGGCUCUACUAUUCUCAACAGCCCUUUCCAGUGUUCUCUCCACGGGCUUAGAUUAUUGGUGCAGCAAAACCCCAUACCCUGCAGCUUGCAGAGCCAACUUCGCCCAUGACCAGAAACACUACUCCAUCCCCAAAAAGAUGGCCGACUUCAAAAAAAUCGCCAUCCAAACCACAAUAGAAACUGCCCUCAAAGCACAGAGCCACAACAAGUGGCUUGGGCAGAAAUGCAGAACAGAGAAAGAAAAGACAGCAUGGUCCGAUUGUCUAAAGCUCUACGACGAAACCAUCGCCCUUCUCAACCGAACAGUCGACCCUAACUCUAAAUGCACCGACUUUGACUCGCAGACCUGGUUGAGCACUUCUCUAACAAAUCUCGAAACAUGCCGCGCCGGGUUUGUCGAUCUAGGAGUGUCAGACUUUGUGCUACCACUCAUGUCUAACAACGUCUCCAAGCUCAUCAGCAACAGUCUAUCCAUCAACAACGGUUCGAACACACCCGCAGUAACAUUCCAAUAUAAGGAAGGUUUUCCGACUUGGGUCAAGCCUGGUGACAGAAGAUUACUUCAGUCUACACCGGCCGCCAACGUGGUGGUUGCUCAAGACGGGUCGGGUAACUUCAAGACCAUCAAGGAGGCUCUAGAUGCUGCGGCGAAGAGGAGUGGAACUCAGAGGUUUGUGAUACGUGUGAAAAGUGGGGUUUACAAGGAGAACCUUGAGAUUAAGUUGAAGAAUAUCUAUCUACUCGGAGAUGGCUUGAGAUAUACUAUCAUCACCGGUAGCCGGAGUGUUGUCGGUGGUUCUACAACUUUUAACUCUGCAACAGUAGCGGUGACCGGAGAUGGCUUCAUUGCUCGUGGAAUAACAUUCCGGAACACAGCUGGACCACAAAAUCAUCAAGCCGUAGCCCUCCGGUCAGGUGCCGAUCUCUCGGUCUUCUACCGUUGUGGCUUCGAAGGCUACCAAGACACCCUCUACACCCAUUCUCAACGUCAAUUCUACAAAGAAUGCUACAUAUACGGCACCGUAGACUUCAUCUUUGGUAACGCCGCAGUGGUCCUCCAAAAUUGCAUGAUCUACGCAAGAAAACCCAUGAGUGGUCAAAAGAACACAAUCACUGCCCAAGGCCGUACCGACGAUAACCAAAACACAGGCAUUUCGAUCCACGGUUCUCGGAUCAUGGCUACCGCAGACCUUGCACCGGUGAUCGGAUCGGUCAAGACGUUCCUAGGAAGGCCGUGGAAGCAGUAUUCACGUACUGUCUUUUUACAGAGUUACCUUGACAGUUUGGUUGAUCCAGCUGGGUGGUUAGAAUGGGAUGGUGACUUUGCUCUGAAAACUUUAUACUAUGGAGAGUACAAGAACAUGGGACCUGGUUCUCGGACGACUGGAAGGGUCAAGUGGGGUGGUUAUCGCGUUAUCACUAGUUCUUCAGAAGCCUCCAAGUUCACAGUUGGUAACCUCAUUGCCGGAAGCUCAUGGCUGCCUGCAACUGGUGUGCCCUUCACUUCUGGCCUCUAAUUUAUCGCAUCAAAUUAACUUGUAUUGUUUUGUAUGCAUGUAAAUCUGCUUCUUUGGCAAACCAAUAUAUUGUAUUGAUCUAUUGUUCUUUCAUUAUGUAAACCUAGAGUG